UUCAUAAUCAAAAGUCAAAACAUACGUUCAAAGUUUGUGUUAUCUUAUGAACUUUGAUUUAUUUUUUAUUUAAUAAAAUGGUUAUAAAAUUGUAUUACGAUUUAAUGUCUCAACCUUCCAGAGUGCUUUAUAUUUUAUUGAAGACAAUUAAAUGUGAAUUUGAACCAAAAUAUGUGAACUUACGAAAAGCUGAACACUAUUCUUAUGAGUUUACAAAUGUUAACCGCAUGCAACGAGUACCAGUUAUUGAUCAUGAUGGCUUUGUAUUAACAGAGAGCAUAGCAAUAAUGAAGUAUUUGUCUCGAGAGAACUUCAUACCAGAUGCAUUGUAUCCGAAAGAUUCAAAGCUCCAGGCCAGGGUUGAGGAGUUCUUGGAGUGGCACCAUGUUGGCUUGAGAUUGCACUGUGCUAUGUACUUCAGAGUAGCAUACAUGAACCCGAUACUAACAGGCUCAAAGUUAGAUGACAAAACGAUAGAGAACUACAAGCGGCGGAUGCUCACGGCGCUUGAAGACCUGCACACCAAGUGGCUCGGCCGCGGCACGGAGUACAUAGCGGGGGACACCAUCACCGUCGCUGAUCUGGUGGCGGCGUGCGAGUUGGAACAACCGCGUGAGUGCAGUAGAAUCUAACUAGUGGUAGGAUUC